GGAGCAUCAGGGAUGUUUCAAAUUCUACAUCACAAACUCACCUCGUGCUGCUACCAUUUCAGAGAAGAAGAGUGAAGAGGGGACAGGAUUUGGGUUUUUGAGAUGGAUUUGUACAACAUAUUUGGCAAUCUUCUGGAGACCUGGGUGACUGAAGGCCCCCAGGAGAGAGUAGCUCUGGAGGGCCAGUGGGAAGGGGGUGACUCUGGAGAUUCCCUCACGCUUUCAGGGACCACUUUCAUGUCUAAAUCUGACGUGGGGACACUGAUGCGGUCUGAUACAGAGGAUUCAGGGGUGGAGAUCUGUUCUGAGGCUUCUCUCCCCUCCUCUCCUCCCUCUGUGUCCAUGGAUAAUACAGAUAUUGAUCCUACAGUCAGGGAAGAGGAUGGACUCCCCUCUACCUCUCCUCCGUGCUCUCCUGUCCUCUCUCUGCCAUAUUCCUCCUCCUCUUCCUCCCUGUCCCUCUGCCCCAGGGCUCAGCGGCACAGGGAGCUGGCCGCGGUCAUGCACCUAAAAGUGGAGCAGGCACUGAGGAGGGCAUACUCUGGAGACAGAGACAAUGUGCCCCGACAGCGGUGUCACACCGCUUCACUACCGUCACCUCACUCAGUGACCCAUAUCCAGAGGGCAGGUCACAGGUCAGGGAGCAUUGGUCUGAGGAGGACAGUCAGCCAGUCAGUAGUGGACAAACAGGCCUCAACAGAUCUGCUGCAGCACAGAGGAGGCCUCUCCCCACAUCACAAGACACUGCCUGCUCAGACAGACACAGAGAUCAGGGAGAAGGAUGUGUGUGAGGAGGAGUAUGAGGGGCUCACCCCUGGGCUGGGCUACCUGAAGCAGGUAUGCCGGAUGCUGGAGGAGAUCGCCAGGCUACAGAUACGUAACCAAGGGUUACAGGUGGAGAUGGAUGCACUCCGGGAGCAGCAGGGGAGACAGAAUUCAGAACGCAACCAGUGUGACUUCAAGGCUUCUGAGGAAGGCAGCCCCUCUGCCAAUGAAAGACUUGAAGUCAAAGAUUAUGAGGACUUACCCUACCAAUCAUCUCAAAACAAUAGUAACGUGCAUCAGCAUUUUCGACGGAGGUCAGCAUCGGACACAACACUUAUGAUGGGACAUCUAAAGAAGGUGAAGGAAGUGUCUGGAGGGAGGUACCUGUGUCUAGAGGAUCUGCUUGAGCAGCCCGGGGAUGAUGAAAACCAGUAUGUUUCUCUCCAGGAGAAACAAGAAACAAGAAACAAAAAACAGGGAAGUAGGACACAGACUUGGAAGCUGAAGAUUGGCUCUCUGAGGAGGGGGGAGACCACAGAGAAAACCAGCCAACAGAUUAAUUCAUCCGUGAAGAAAGCUAGCGGGCGAUGGUUGGGACAGCUGUUCAGGAGAAGGAAAACUGUGCCAGAAUGAGAAGAGCAGAAUGUUCCAACAUUACAGUCAUUGGUAAUGUUCCUCCUCUAAGACGUACAUACUGUAGCACUUUAAUACAAAGCUGUGGAUGCACAGGACUCAAAUAUAUUUAGUCAUCUCAUUAUAUGGAUAUUGACAUGUAUAUUUAUUGUCUGCUUCUACAUUUGUAGUUAUUUAUCCUCAGGUACCAUAAUAUUUUAAUAUUGCAAUUAUAUGUAGCUAAUGUGUAUUUAUGUUUCUUUGAUGUCCGUCAAUACAGUAGCUAGUGAAAGUCUAGACACCCCUUGCACAGUUUUCACAUUUUGCUGCCUUAAAAUUAAAUCUAAAAAGGGAUUCAAUUAUAUUUUUUCCCUACUAAUCUACACAACCUACUACACAUUUACUGGUUGUAGAUGUGUCCGUAAACCAGAAUACACAUUUGUUGCUGGGAUUUACCGCCCCCCAUGCCCCCACGGCUGUGAAAAACCCUGAUAAAUCCUCAUUGAUUAAUUGAAUUCUUACUAACAACCCCAUAAAUAUUUUUCUAUUGGAGUAUUUGAAUAUGAUAUCAGUGAUCAUUGUCCCAUAGUAUGUAUUAGAGAUACCAAACAGAAAAAUACUAAUCCUUGUUUAACUAAGAAGAUACAUUUUAAAACGUUAUACUCAAGGGUUUUUACAUUACAUGUUCUACUUUGAUUUAGCCACUGUCUCCUGUAUUCCUGACCCUGAGUUGGCUCUAGAAAAUGUCUCCUCCAUAUUUUUUCACUCCAUAUACACGCCCCUUUUAAACAAUUCAGAGUCAAAGAUAGAUAUAACCCUUGGUUUUCUUCUGAGCUAUCUGAGCUCAUUCAGAUGACAAAUCAGGCCUAGGCCAAGGCAAGGAAAACUGAAAGGUGGACUGGCAAUCUUUCAGACAACUGAGAAACAGAUGUAAUGUCUCAAUUAAGAAAGCUAUAUUGAACAAAAAUAUAAACGCAACAUGUAAAGUCUUGGUCCCAUUGUUUAUGAGCUGAA